GACAACGCGCUCUCCGGAGCUCCCGGUGGAUCGGCUGAUGGAGGGCGGGAUGGCCGCUGAACAUGAGCACUAACGGAACCAGCUGCUCCGGGAGCGGGAGCGGCAGCUGCUCGGUCCAUGUCCCCGCCAUGGAGAGAGCCCGGCCGGUCACGGUGACGGUGUCCUCCGUGAGCCUGGCUCUCAGCGUGCUGUCUCUGCUGCUGCUGGUCACCGCCAUCUCCACCGAUCACUGGUACGAGACCGACACCCGCAGACACAAAGACAACUGCGACCGCGCCGGAGCCGAGUCCAACGACCAGAAGAACCGAGACAUGCCCAUCUACCACCUCCCGCUGGUGGACACGGGCAGCGGAGGAGCCCGGCAGCGAGACGUGGCGCUGAUGAAGCCCGUUCAUGUGGGCAGCAGAGAAGAGGAGCUGUUGGAAAACUGGAGGGCGAUCCUGGGGAUGGGCAUCCUGGAAACCGAGUGUGGCCGCCCGCUGUUCUCCACUCACUACGGCCUGUGGCGGAAGUGUUACUUCAAGAGGAUAGACCCGGACAUCGACAAGCUCAUAGACAGAGGUAUCGCUGACCGCUGCACUGCUGUGAAGUAUCAUUUCUCUCAGCCUAUCAGGUUGAGGAACAUCCCUCUGAAUCUGACCAGGACAAUUCAACAGGAUGAGUGGCACCUGCUGCGUGAGCCAAUCACAGACACUGAUUACACAUAA